GGCAGAAUGGGAUGAUAGGCCAUCAUGAAUGGCUCUACUGCUCACAUCAGGAUGAAGCUGUGGGACGGUGCCUGCAUCAGGAUCCCCAGCUCCACAAGGAGCCUUUGGCCUGGCCAGCCAAGCAGCCAGGGCUGUGUGUGCUUUCCCCAGCUCAAUCCAUUUUCCCUCUCUACUCCAGGCAACAUCUCUCAGUAGCACUGCCUGGGCUGUAGCUCCCAGCUCCCAGCUCACGAGUUCCCUCUUUGGGGAGCAAUUACAUCACGGCCACUGCUCUGGCUUAGCUCUUGGAGCACCAUCUCUGGUAAAGUAGUAGCAACCUCAUGGUGUUACAGUAUCACAGUAGCCUCCUUGCUGGACUCCAGCGCCAGGCCCCAGUUUGUACACACCCCCUCAGAAGGUGGCGGGUAGCCCAGGCAUUGGGAUUUUGCCCUUCCCUGUGAAAGGCCAGAGGUUUUACAUAGCCCUGGACGGUGGUAGCCUUGGGCUGGCUGUAGUGCUUCCUCUAGCCAUGCAGGCAGUUGCCUCGUGCUUGGAUGACUGUUGACUGACUCCCUUGGUUAGGCUCAGCUCUGGGAGGGCCCCCUCUGGUACAAGGUGACAACCCCAUGUCAUCACUGCAUCACAAAUGUUGCCUUAGCUUAGCUGUGGCAGCAUCAUCGCUGCUGAAGAGAAGAAAACCCUGUGUCAUCACCGCAUCACAAACGUGAGCCAGCGUAUAUGUCGGGAGGAUGGGUGUCACUUUGCCUCUGAGCUGACAGGUGAAGAGAGCUGAAAGAGCAGGUAAGCACACUGAGCUGAGUCCGGCAGCUCCUCACCAAGGUCUCUGUGGCAGGGUGGGCUCUCGCUGUGCUUGUGGGCAGGCCCAGAAACUCAGGGUCCAGCAACCCUUGCAAACUCAUUUGUGUGGAUGCGGCCUGGUGUCAAUAGGAUCAAAGAGAGUGAUUUGAGCUUCCCCUCACUUUAGACAUAAGGCUGAAAUACAAAGGAUUCUUGAAAGGGUAUUGGAAACCCAGCAGUGUUUGGGGUAGAUUUUGAGCCUGGCUUGCAGAUAAGAGAGCAUCCCAGUGCAGUGCCCAAAGCCCAGUGGGGAAUAAAAAGGGUCUUUGGCUUGGGAAGCAACAAAGACAGAGAGCCUGGGAGCAGACGCUGAAAUUGUUCUUUUAGGAUUGUUCUUCUCGGCGUGUUUUCAGAAGAUUGUUGCUGUCGAUCCUAGACCCAGGGACCACAGGAAGGGUGAGCACUGCCCCUGAACAAAGGGGUAGAUCCUUGGAUGUUUGUAAAGAGUAAUUGUCCUGUUCAUGAAGAUUUCUUCUCCUGACCAGAGAAUCUGGACUUGGGCUGUUGGUCUCCUUGUAACUAAUGGGAAUAAUAAUCCCAGGUGUUUGCUGAGGAUCUGAGGAGGCUGUGAAUGCAGUAACGGAACUGACAAUAUCUCCUUGGCUCCGCAGAGAAGGAGGUUGCCCUUUGCCUGUGUGCAGACCUGGCGCGUGAGAGGGAGGUCUGAUCCCUGAGAAAUGAACUUUUCCCCCAUCGCCAUGGACGGUGUCAUCUCUCCAGCUUUCCUGUGGUUCCUGAUGCUGGUGCUCACCUUCUACCUCCUGCUGACCUUCAACAAGCACAAGGAAGGCAGCUGCAAGAAGAGAAGGUGGAGGGGCAGCGAUGAGGAGCCCAGAGGUGAGCGGCUCCUGGGCAAGGGCAGGUGCCCUGCAAAGGAAACCCUGAGACCCCACACAUCCACCGCCCCGCUCUGCCUCUGCCGGGGCUCCUGUGAGGGACUGCCCCAUCCGCUCACUUGCCAUCUCCCCUUCCAGCAGCCUUUUCCCUCUGGGAGGAAGAUCCAGAGGAGUCUUCAGGGUCCUCUGGGUCCCAGUAAGUGGAGCCCUUCCCUCUGUAGUGCAGCAGCCCCCUCUGGGAGCCGCCAGCAAGAGAGAGCCCAUUCAUACUGCCCUCUGCCCACAUGCAGAUACACUGGAGUCCUGGAGAUGCUCAUCACGGAUCGCUGGGAGAUGGACCUGAACUUUGAUAACAUAAUCAGAUCUGUGAAGGAGGCCUCAAAGAGGCUCACCUGGGAGGCCAUCAACAGCAGCUCCAUCACUUGUGACUCAGCAAGUGAAGCCAGCUUCUCUUCAGGGACGUCUUUCUCCCCUGCUAGCGAUUAUUCCCUCACUUCAACUUUGGGGAGCCAAGCCAGCUCUUUUUCAGGGGAGUCUUUCUCCUCUUUCACUGAUGGAGAAGGUCUGGCUCAAGGCUCUAGCGUGCAGCCUGUCCUCGCGGAUCCCCGGCCUAGCCAGGAGAAGCAGCAGGACCUGGCGACUCGCCCACCUGGCAGGGAAGUGGGGGCCAGCUGCCACAUGGCUGGCAGUGGCCUGCAGCAGCAGCACCUUGAGGUCCACCUGGAUGUGCCCCCCCAAUGCCCAGGAGUGUUGGGCUUCCACGUCGGGGAAACGGAGACAACUUUCUUGUACCCUGAUGCCCAAGAAGACUUGGAGGAGCGUGUCCAGAAGAAGAAACUUGAGAUGCAACUGGGGCUGCCGGCUGCUGUCUGCAAAUCCCUGCACGCCGACCUGUCCUGGCCUCCUAGCCCACCACCACUGCCUGCAAAGCCAGACACGGAGCAGGUUUCCAGCAUGCAGAGGCAAACCUUCCCAGGCAAAGCCGAGUUCAGUGCUGUGGAGUUGGAUUUCAGCUGGAAUGGCAAGGAGAGCUUGGAGUGUCUCAUCCAGGAAAAUGAAUGGCAGCAGGAAGCAGGCCUGUCAGCCAGUCUGGGUGAACCUCAGCAGGAGUUGCCAAGCUCAGCUCCUCGAACACCUCAGUGGCAUGCUGAGCCUGAUGAGGUGGUGGUUCCCAGCGUGCAGGAGCUGCCCUUCCUCGACAACACUGUCAAAAAGCAGCUAGAGCUGCACAUCAUAAAAAUGCAGAUGAAACAGCGCUUUGGGCCACCAGCAAGGAUCCCGGCCUGCAAGAAGGUUGCGGCCCCUGUCGCAGGGCAAAAAGCCUCCCAGCCUCCCCCUCCACACAGAGGUGCUGGGCUGCCAUAUCGCUCCCCCUUGCAGCACUGGACCAGGCAUGCUCAGACCAGGUGCUCUGCAGAAGAGCCCCCAGGCCCCAAGCAGGAGAAGAGCAGGUGUCCCACAUCUCCCAUGAGCAGAGAGCAGAGACUCAGCUCUCAGAGCAGGAGGCAGCCAGAGGAAGAGAGCCCUGAAAAGGAAGAGGCUACAGACCUUGCCAUGGCAUGCCCGGGACAGCAGCAGGGUCAAGCCUGCUCUGCUCCAAGUGCUUUCCUGAGAGCAGCACAGGAGAUGUCUUGGAAGGACAAGGAGGUAUCAGCCUGCAAAAGAGAGCGUGGGGGAACAGCCAGCAGCAGCAAGGACACUGAGGAGUCCCUGCUGGCCACCAGCAGGAAGGAUCAGGGUCCUGGGACACAAGGGGAUGUGCGCAGCCCUUGCCCUCCCAGCCAGGCAGAGCAGGCGUUGCUGCAGAGCGAGGAAGCUCACCAGGGGCAACUGUGGCAGUCCCAUGAGAGCUGGAGCAGCUCCAGUGAGGACAUGAGGACACCAGAGCUGCCAUCAAAGAAGAGUGUCCCCCAGGAAAAACACAGCCAGUCCUGCGAGAGCUGGAGCAUCUCCAGGGAGGACAAGGAGACACCAGAGCUGCCAGCAGCCAGGAGAGCUCCUCCAAGAAAACGUUCCCAGAAGAGACAACACAGUGAGGAGGGCCCCUCAGCUCUGCCACCGGCUCCAGCCCCUGCAGGGACCAGUGUUCCAGUCUCCCAGCUGGAAGGGCUCCUCACAGCCCUCAUCGAUUCCCACAAGGCCAGCCAAGCUGCUCACAAAGCGCAGAACCAGCUGCUGGAGGAAAUGUUGGUGUGGCUCCCAGACAAGGCUGGGGCCCCAAGGAAGGACACGACAGGAGGGCACCCCGUUGGCUCACAGCGCUGCAGACAUGUGGCUGAAAGCUGCCCUCACUGCAGGGGACGGAGAGCAGUGCAGGAUGCGCCCGUGCCGGCUGCCUUGCCCACCAAUAUCACCACAAAUAUGAGCAAGGACAGAAAUCGCCAAAGGAGUCCUGUCUUUAAGCUGAAAAUGAGUCUGGAGCAAGUCUGCCAACGGGUAUUAACAGAGGAGCCAGAGCAGGGGAAGGGCAGGGGAAACCCCAAGGACAGAGCCAGCUCCAGGAGACUCUGCCCCAAAUGCGGUAAAGCUCGGCGCCAGAGACUCUCCGGCAAGGAAGGCUUGCAGACCUCACCUCCAUCUGAUGCUGCAGCCCUGGGCGCAGGAAGAGCAGGACACAGGCACCCACCCCAGGGCAGGGGCAAGAGGCAGCAGGGGCAGGAGGAAAGGGCUGCCGCCACCCAGCAGGCAAAGGGGCUCCAUCUUUCCACAACUUCAUUCUUGCGAGCUGGGCAGGCGGGGUCUCAGCCACACCAGGCCCUCACCAGGCCUCUGCCCUCACAUGUGGCGCCUGGGCACAGGACACUGGAGAGGGAGACACCACCUCUGCUGGGCAGCAUCUGCUGUGGGCUCAUCCUCAUCCUGCCGUGCCUCGAGAGAGUCUGUGCCAAGCUCCAAGAAAAAUCAAGGCCUAAUUUGGCAAGAACAAGGAGAGGGGAGGAGCUGCAAGGGCAAAGGCACAGGCUUUUGGAAGCAGAGCGCCAGCUCCCGCAGGGAUCUCCAGAGGAGAGCAACAGCAUGUGACAGUGACACGCCAGGCUGCAGAUGCUGCGCUCCUGGACUGUGCAGGUGGAGCAGGGCCCAACGGGGCAUGGACCCAGUGAGCAGCAGCUCCCGGCCGGGCCCUCCCAGGGAGCAGGAGCUCUCCUAAUAAAGUCACGUCCAUUGAAAUAAG